GUCAUAUGAUCAGGUGACAGCGAGGCUGGGAGUGGUUGUUGGUUUGUCGCAUGAAGAGUCAAGACUGAAGUUGAAUUCAUCACCAGUACCACUGUCACUACAUCGCUGUAAACCAACUUUAGAAUAUGGCUGCCAAGUACCAGUCGACCAAGGAAACUGUUAACUUUGCCCGAAUUUGUAUACUGAUGAUUGAUGUCGUCCAAGAUGUCUUCAGAGAAUUACUCCACUCUCGUCUGCCAACCUCAGGACUUGGCCCUGUUCUUGGGAACCAGAAGAGACAGAUCUUCUCUUUGUUGAAUAACCAGCAGAGGAAGAUCCUGUUCCCCAAAGGUGGAGUGUUUGCAGGGUCAUUGCAAGAUUUAGAUACAUCUCUUAUCUAUAUCCUGCUUAGGAACCUUGGAAACAUUCCACCUCACAAGAACGGUUGGGGGAGAGUUCCAGAUUUGGCAGACAGAUCGCUUUCGGCCAACAUUGACCGUCUGCGAGUUCAGCGUAAUGAAGCUUACGCACAUGCAAACACUGCCUCCAUUUCUGAUGGAGAUUUCAAAAUCAGAUGGGCCGACAUCAGGAAAAGUGUGGAAGACAUAGAGAAUACUGUAUUGACAAGUAUGGCAUUUGUAGCAAAGGUGGACAGCAUACUGUCCAUGAGGAUUGACCCACAGACAGAGCAAAAUUUUAUUGUUCUUGUGCAGAAACUUGAAGGGGAAAUCGGUGACAUCAAAGUCCAACAGGACACGAUGAAGACAGAUGUGGAGGAUGUAAAAGGGGAAAUCGGUGACAUCAAAGUCCAACAGUACACGAUGAAGACAGAUGUGGAGGAUGUAAAAGGGGCAGUCAGUGAUGUCACAGUCCGACAUAACACGACGGCAAGAGAUGUGGAUGACAUAAAAGGGGCAGUCAGUGAUGUCACAGCCCGACAUGACACAACUGCUAGAGAUGUGGAUGAAAUAAAAGGGGAAAUCGAUGACAUCAAAGUCCAACAGGACACGAUGAAGACAGAUGUGGAGGAUGUAAAGGGGGCAGUCAGUGAUGUCACAGCCCGACAUAACACGACGACAAGAGAUGUUGAUGACAUAAAAGAGGAAAUGAACAAUGCCAAAGGAAGACAAGAAACGUUGACAACCGAUAUGGGUAACAUGAAGGCGGAAGUCAGUGACGUAAAGGACAGGCAAGACACCAUAACAAAAGAUGUGGAUACCUUAAAGGAAAGGAAUUCUAAGCUGACGGCCAUGAUUGAAAGGGAUCCUAAGUUGGCAGCCAUGAUUAAAACAACAAGAGCUAAGAUAGAGGGAGAUCGACAAAGCUACCAUUUUAUUGCCACCAAAAGUUUCCAUGAAGCUCAGAAAAAACUGAAGAACAGGAUAGUUGUAAUGAAGGGAAACACAGGAGAUGGGAAGUCGUCUAUUGCCAUGGAACUUCUCCGUUUCCUGUGCUGUGAUGAGGAGGGUCAACAGAAACAGCCACUGGAACUACACAAAAUAAAGGACGUGGAUUUGGUGGCACCAGAGUCUGGAUUAGUUAUCUAUUUCGAUGAUAUUUUUGGCAAGAAUGUUGUGUGUAAAGGAGAUGUAGAUAAAUGGGAGAAAAGAGAAGAAUGUAUUCUUUCAAAACUGUGUGAAAGUGAGAACUCUGAGGGCAAUAUCCUUGUCAUGACCAUCCGUAGUGAAAUUUUAAAUUCUUUAGAUAGUUCUUUUUCGAAAAAAAUAUUCACUGAAGAGAACAUUGUUGAUCUCAGUGAAUACAAAGAUGAAGAAGAAAAACGGAAAUUAUUAAGGUUGUAUGAACCAAAAGAUAAAUUUGAUAGAUGGACAGAUGAUGAAGAGAAAGAGAUCUUCAAGUUAUGUCCUGACAUUGGGUUUCCCCAAUGUUGUAGAUUAUUCAGGGACAUACCUACUUUGCAAGCAGAAAGGGUCAACUUCUUUAGAAGACCUUUUCAUUUUUUGAAAUCUUGUUUAGCUAUAUUAGAGGAUGGAAAAUUUUAUGGGCUGCUGUAUCUGUUCCUCAAUGGAGGCAAAGUGAUGGAAAAUGAUUUAGACCCUUCUAACGAAAAUGUUGAUAAAACAUUGUUAGAAGCAGCAUUUGCUGUUGAUGUAGUCAAAGUUGAUCCAACAAAUGAACUUGUUUACAACAAGGGGAGGAAAGCUGAAUUUGUGAAGGAGUCGUUAGAAAGUCUGUUGGGUUCUCUGGUGAAAAAAGGGUCCACCAAAAAACAAGGCAGAUUUUCUUGUUACAAAUUCAGUCACGACUCCAUUGAGGAAACUGUGGCACUUCUGUAUGGAGAGAAAACUCCCAUUGGCUACAUACAGAAUUGUCCCUGCAAGUUACUCAGUUAUAUAACUACAACAAAAAACACCUCAAACAGAAUAGUUAUAUCAUCUGAUGAUCAAACCAAUGCCAUGUAUAAACGUAUCGUCAAAGAGAUGAAAGAGUGUAACUCUGUUGAUCCUAAAAGGUACUGGUAUUCUAGUGAGUGGGAAUAUUUAGUUAAAUUAGAUGUAUGGACAGAUUGCCAGUUUCUACAGGGAUUUGUCAGAUACCUAAGUGGUCAGACAGGAUUUGUCCGAUGGCUAAGUGGUCAGAAUGUUGACAACAGUUUGUACCACAAGAUAAAACAUGCCUUGUUUAAUCAAGCAUGCUCUACUGGUUCAGAUGAAUGUGCUUUGUUUCUCCUGUCUGAAGGUGUUAAACCUGACAAGAAGACACCAUUUCGUGUGGUGAAGGGUGGGAGUGUACAACUACUAAAUAAACUACUUAAGUGUAAAGUCAUCACUCCUACAGCGAGGGCAGACUGGUCACGAUCAUCAGAUAGAUAUGAUCUAAUUAACAAGAUCAAUGUCCUACAGCAGGCAUGUUUGUUUGAGAGAGAAGAGAUGGUGACAAUGUUGUGUGACACUUAUCCACACUUGGUACCUGAGACUGAUAACGGGAGACGAAGCACGCUCCUUCUUGUGGUACAGACAGGAAACUGUGGUAUAUUUCAGACAGUGGAGACAUUGAUACUUAAAUCAUUGUGUAGAGAUAAAGUACAACGUAAGUGUGAGAUAGAAGAUGGUCGUGAUGUACAUAGGAGUUGUGUGUGUGGUCAGUACAUGUCACAGUUAGUGGACAGGUUUGGGUUUACAGUAUUACAUUAUAGUUGUAUGUAUGGACACAGGGAGCUUAGUUUAUACCUGUGUCAGUGUUACCCAGCACUAACUACAGCUGUAAAUGACGACGGGUAUACAAUAUUACAUGCCGAGAGGACAUCAGAUGUAGACUGGUUCACUGAUUGUGAACGUCACGUAAAACUGAACGUAGAGAAAACAGGAGGUAAGUAUGACAUCACGACCAUACUUACUAAUGACGGGAAAUCUGUUUUAGACCGGGCAAAGGAACGGACAGAGGAGGGGAGAAAGUUGUAUGACCAUCUUGUUCAAGUGUUUGCUAAAUAA